CUACCCACUCCACUAAGGGCAGAUCAUUUUGCGGGAAACGUAAACACGGAUGUUCGACGUGCUGGCUACGUGUCUUUCCGAAGAACAUAGUAGGAGCCUACAAAAGUUAACAGGUGUGCGUGGAUGAAGAAGAUGGCCAGACAGAUCGUCCUCGUCACUGGGAACAAAAAGAAACUGGAAGAAGUUGUUCAAAUCCUGGGGCCAGACUUUCCACACAAGGUGACAAGUCAGGACAUCGACUUGCCUGAGUAUCAAGGAACCCCGGAGGAAAUCGCCCGUGCUAAGUGUAAGCUUGCAGCGGAGCACAUUAAGGGACCGGUCAUUGUGGAGGAUACAAGUCUUUGUUUUAAUGCUCUUGGAGGUCUCCCUGGACCGUAUGUGAAGUGGUUCCUGAAGAGUGUGGGACCAACAGGUCUGCACAAAAUGCUUGCUGGGUUCGAGGACAAGACAGGAUAUGCACAGUGUGUAUUCGCAUACUCGUCUGGGGAGGAAGGUUCGGACAUUCAGAUAUUUGACGGGAGGUGCCCUGGUUCCAUUGUGGCUCCACGCGGCCCGACAGAUUUCGGAUGGGAUCCGUGUUUCCAGCCAGAUGGUUUUGACAAGACAUACGCAGAAAUGGACAAAUCAGUGAAACACACUAUAUCCCAUCGUGGAAAAGCUAUGGACUUGCUUAAAAAGUAUCUCACAAAGUUAUCAGUCAUAUAAUCUUACAUGUAUUUUACAUGAUUGACAUGACCGUUUUUUAUGAGACUUUGAUAAACGAGCUUCUGAAUAGCCACUUGCUCAGUUCUUUUAUUUUUUAACAGUUCCUGGCACCAGCUUGGCUUGCCUGCCACUGAAUGAGGAAAUUCACCAUUCCAUGACCAUGGGUUUCACUACAAGUUGAGGGGCGGUGGGUAGCCUAGUGGUUAAAGUGUUCACUCGUCACGCCGAAGACCCGGGUUUGAUUCCCCACAUGGGUACAAUGUGUGAAGCCCAUUUCUGGUGUUCCCCGCCGUGAUAUUGCUGUAAUAUUGCUAAAAGCAGCGUAAAACCAUACUCACUCACGGCAAGUUGAUUUGAAUUAAGACAAGAUGUAACUAGGCUAACAGUCAGGUUGGAAAGGCUGAUUGUAUGUGAUCAAACAUAGUAGAACCCUGCAAAUAUUGCACCAGAUCUCCUUAGGAAGCUGAGAAUGUAAACUGAGUACACACUAAUCCGUGACUGGGGUAAUGCAUGGAUCUGUCAUAGUCCAAGUGCAUUUGAGCAGUUACAAAAUUGGAAAGUGUGCCAUAUAAAUUCAUAAUUUAAUAAAUGCUAUGCCUUUUU